AUGGAGAAAAAGAUCGCUAAACGGUCGGGUCAACUGACCACAGACGAAACCGCAAAGCAAAUUGCACAAGCUCUUUUCGAUCUAGAAAACAAUGUGCCAGAAUUGAAAAAGGAUUUGAAACCUUUACAAAUUACUGACGCUAAAGAGUACGAAUUAGGUGGAGGUAAAAAGGCCAUUGUGAUUUUUGUGCCGGUUCCUACAUUGAAACAAUUCCACAAGAUUCAACAAAGGCUAACCCGCGAACUAGAAAAAAAAUUUGCGGAUCGACAUAUCGUUUUUAUCGCGGAUCGUCGUAUUUUACGUAAACCCGGCCGUAAAUCUCGUGUUAAGCAGGCUCGUCCUCGGUCACGUACUCUUACUUCAGUUCAUGAAAAAUACCUUGAAGAUUUGGUGUAUCCAACUGAGAUUGUGGGUAAAAGGACGUGUGUCAAAGUCGAUGGCAGCAAGACCAUUAAAGUCUUUCUUGACAGUAAGGAUGCCACGUCUUUAGAAUAUAAGUUAGAUACCUUUAAAUCGGUAUACAAAAAUCUCACCAGUAAAGACGUUGAAUUUCAAUUUCCCGCUCAUCAGAUUGAAUAA